UGUAAGGCGUGGGCGGAUCCCAGGAGGAGAGCAGAAGACUCGGCCCCGCCUCUCCCCUCUCAGUCGCUGGAUCUCCGCUUCCCUCCGCAUGUCCCGUUUCGCCCUGGGAGGAUCGGCGCCGGAUCCCUCGGGAGAGGCUUCUGGGUCCCGCUCCGGACAGGUCUGGCUGCUCCCCCUCCGGCCUUUGGGGCGCCCCUCCCGCCAGGAGAGCUUCCCUCCCCGCCAGGAGAAAGCAGGAAAACAACCUUGACCAAAGAUUGACCUGCAAGUCAGCUGUCAACAAAUAGUAGAAAAUCAGCCCAAGGCAGCCAGUGCCAGAAAGGAUGGAGCCUGGGAAACUCUUGGAUCCCCUGUGAGACACAAGCAGCACUCCGGAAAACCACAAGAGAACCCAUGAAUGCUCAGAGUGUGGAAAAUCCUUUGCUCGCCGGUCCCUCCUUUUGACCCACAGGAAGUUCCAUGUGGGAAGCGGAUCCAGUGAAGGUUUGCAGGGUGAGAAAUCCUUCUCUGGAAAAGACAUGAAAGAUUUUAGAAGCCCUCCCAGACUAAAGCCCUAUAAAUGUGAGGAAUGUGACUUAUGUUUUGGUCAAAGGUCACACCUUCUUAGACAUCACAAAAUCCACACUGGAGAGAAACCCUAUCAGUGUCUGGAAUGUGGGAAUUUCUUCAGUGAAAGAGGCAGUCUCAGAAACCAUGAGAGAAUUCACACAGGGGAGAAACCUUACAAGUGUUGGGAAUGUGGGAGGACCUUUUCUUGGAGGGCAAGUCUUUGGGCCCAUGAGAAGGUUCAUGCUGGAAUAAAAUCGUACAAAUGCUUCGAGUGUGGAAAAUCUUUCACCCGGAGUUCAUCUCUUCGGAGUCAUGAGAAAACACACAGAGGGGAAAAAAACGAAAAGUGCCUCGAAUGUGGGAAGUGUUUUACCUGGAAAUCAAACCUGGUGCGACAUCAGAGACUUCACACCGGAGAAAAACCUUAUGAAUGCCCAGAAUGUGAGAGACGAUUUAUAUAUUCUUCUGAACUGCGGAGACACCAGAAGGGGCACAAAGGGGAGAAACCCUAUCAAUGUGGGGAAUGUGGGAAAGGUUUUGUUACACAAAGAGAUUUUCAGCUUCACGAGAGAAUCCACACAGGGGAAAAACCAUACAAAUGUGGGGAGUGUGGGAAAUGCUUUACCCGAAAAGAAAGCCUGGGAAAGCAUCAGAAGCUCCACACAGGAGAGAAGCCAUACAGAUGUCUAGAAUGUGGGAAAUGUUUUGCUCAAAAGGGAAACCUUUGGUCACAUCAUAAAAUCCAUGCAGAGGAGAAGCCAUAUCAAUGCAUCGAAUGUGGAAAAUGUUUUCGACACAAGGGAGCCCUUUUGACGCAUCAUAAAACCCACACAGGGGAGAAGCCAUAUCAAUGCUUCGAAUGUGGACAAUUUUAUUCUACCACAUCAAACCUUAGAAGUCAUGUGAAAAUUCACACGGGAAAGAAACUACAAAUGUUUAGACUGUGGGAGAACAUUUGCUCAUUCAUAUUCCCUUAGAAACCACAGCCGAAUCCAUACAGGAGAGA